UGUGUUUUUGUACUUCCGCGUGUUGCUGUCAUGGCGGCCUCCUGAACGCUCCAGCUAAAGAGACGCGACACCUUUACAGCAGCAUAAAGAGGAGCCCGUUUAUCGGCUCAGACUGCAGUCAUGCCGUUUAAAGAUGCGCUGAAGUGGAAUAAAAGAGUAUCAGCAGUUUAUGCUCUUGGCGUCUGGACCAUGAUCGGCUCCUACGCAUAUUACAAAUACACAGGUCGUUAUGAGGACACGGCAGUCCAAAAAGAAGAAGAGGUGGAAGAACAGGAAAAUCCAAAUAAAGUCGUCUACCAGACAGCUCACUCCAAAACUGUCAUGGUCUACAAGAAGGACUUUGUCCCAUACAGUUCAAGGAUCUACAAUUUCAUCACGUCAUUCAGCAGUCAACCUGGGACUGGAGACGGUGAAAAGUAGCUGCAUCAGUGCAAAGGACAAUGGACAGAAGGUUUACUCUUGUCAGGAGUGAAUCUUUAUGAUGAUGAGUUUCUGCUUUUGUGUGAGGACAUAAUUAUAAUUUGUAAAGGAAAUUCCAUUGUGGUAUCUGUGCAAGCUGCCAUUUUGUUUGGAUGCCACUCAACUGUAACUGGUCAUGAUAUAUUAUUAAAAUAAUAUAAAAUGACCACCACGUAAUGUUGCCACAGAGUUUAAAUAAACUAAUGUUUAUUUAAAUAAACAUGUUCAUAUUCCAUUUAACUUUGUUAGUACAAUAAGUGUCUGAGGCCAUUAGGCUUAUUUAAUAUAAUUUAGGU